UUCUUCUUUUCUUUGUUUCAGGAGAAGUUCUGAUGGACGAGCUGCGACCCGGAUCAGACCCGGACUAGAACCGGACUAGACCUGGAUCAGACCCGGAUCAACGGCGGAGGACCAGCAGGACCCGAACCAGAACCUGGACCUGCAGCGGAUCAGAGGGAUCCGAAUCAUGGGUCUGUAGGACGGAAACUUUGUGGAAACUUUUCUGUUUGUCUCCAUGGAGACGGAAAGUUUUCCCGCCAGAUGAUCUGAUCGCGGAUCGAUAUUUAUUGAUAUUUGUUGAUCGGGAUGGCCGAGCUGCUGCUGCUGCUUCUCGCGCUCUGCAGCUGCGGACACGCCAAGAGCGCGUUCCCGCAGCGACCCUCCUACAGCCUUUACGCCAACGGGCACGCGCACGGAGCGCGCGCUGCCAGUAGACACAGGAACUGGUGUGCGUUUGUGGUGACGAAGACGGUGAGCUGUGUGGUCGAGGACGGAGUGGAAACCUAUGUGAAGCCUGAUUAUCAUCCCUGCAGCUGGGGGAGUGGACAGUGCAGCAGAGUGGUGCUCUACCGGAGCUACAUGAGGCCACGGUACAAAGUGGCCUACAAACUGGUCACGGAGAUGGAUUGGAAGUGUUGCCAUGGUUACAGUGGAGCUGACUGCAGCGAUGGUCCGGCUGGAGGAACCCAGAUCUCCACCGGCAGACCUCAGCCCAGACCGGGACCCGGAGGAGAGACGAGCUAUGGACAGGGGGGAGGACAGAGUGGAGGACACGGCGGACGGUUAGAGAACGAGAAGAUGAGGCAGCUGGAGGAGAAGAUCCAGAGUUUGACCAAAAACCUUCAGGACCUCCAGUCCACCCUAAACACCAUGAACGAAAACUUUCAACAGGAGGUCAACAAACCGGGCUUCAGCGGCGGAGGAAGAGGAGGAGGUUCAUCUUCAGGUGGAAGGAACCCUGCUGAUGCAGCUCAGCCGGAGAUUAAAGAGACAAUUCACAGCAUUCAGACCAAACUGGACCAGCUUGACAAUCGCACACAGGCCCACGAUAAAACCCUGGUGAGCAUCAACAACCACCUGGUCAAUGGGAAAGGGAACGACCUGGACGGAGGUCUGCCCGGAGGAGGAGCGAGUGGAGGCCGGCUGAACUCGCUGAAGGAGGAGAUCCUGAGGGAGCUGGAGAGGAGGGUGUCGUUGUCCUGCUCCUCCUGUCAGGCUGGUGUGGAGGAUCUGCGCAGAGAGCAGCAGCAGGACAGAGAGAGAAUUCGAGCUCUGGAGAAGCAGCUUAAUGCCGUUGAUGUUCGGUAUCGGCAGGGUGUGGACGGGCUGCGGCGGGAUCAGACACGUUUGCAAGGAUGCUGCGACUCCGUCAACGACCUCCAGAAGCGCAUCACUGACGCUGAGCGCAAGAUCAGCUCAGCCUCCGAAAACUUUGAUGUUCUGCAGAACCGUCUAGACGAGGAGCUCAGCAGAGGAGGCGGCAGCAACAACAAUGGCGGUUUCAUAGGAGGAGGAUUCGGUGGUGGCGGUGGAACUGAGGGAGGUGGGAGGGUCACCGUGGUGACGGAGGACCGGCUGAAGGACAUCGAGCGUAGGAUCAACAACACCGUGCAGCUGACCGAGCAGAGCUGCUCAUACCUGGAGAACGACCUGAAGGACUACUUUCACAGAGAACUGGGGGACCUGAGGACGGUGUUCCUGGACCGGUUCGAUGAUCAGGCCUUCAGAAUAGCAGACGUGGAGCUGGACUUGGGACUGGUGAAGGACAGGGUCCGGGACCACCCCGGCAGGCUGUCGAAGCUGGAAAACAACACGUUACACAUCAGCCGGAGUCUGGAGGAGUGCGGCUGCGGAGGGUCUAAAGGAGGAGGAGGAAGAGGAGCUGGUGACCGCGGAGAUGGAGGAGGAAGGUGGGGAGCAGGUGGAAAUGGAGGAGGAGUUAAGGGAGGAGGUGCAGGAGGAGGACUCUCUGGGACGGGAGGAGAAAGAGAAAGUACAACAGAGAAAUCUCUGGAGUGGAGAGUGGUCGCUAACGAAGAUAAGAUUCAACACUUCAACACUCGACUCAAAGACCUGUCGGUGUCUGGAGACUCUCUGAACGACAAGGUUGUGGACCUGAGCCACGACGUCCGUAAGAUCAAGGCUCUGACCGGGGACCACGGCGAACACUUUAACCGGAUCGUGACCGAGGUGGAGAUGCUGGGACAUGACUGUGAGCUGUGCGUGAAGGUGGAGGAUGAGCUGCAGAAGCUGAAGAAUCAUUCCCAGGAUUCACUGGGGCGCAUGCAGAGCCACAUCAACAGACUCCAAAUCAGACAGGACUCAGGCAGAGACGGCUGCUUACAGAUGUGUUCGCAGCUGGAGGACGAAGUCCGCCUGCUGCGAGACGAUGUCAGGAGGUGCAGCGGCCAAUGUAAGACCAGCCCCGACACGCCCACAGGUGGUGUUCCCGGUGGUCCCGGUGGGCGUGGUCCUGGGUUGGAUGCUGAGAAGCCUUUAGAUGGCCACAGUGUGAUUGGAGGUUCCAACAACAACCAGCUGAAGACGCUGCAGGGUGAAUUAUCUGAGGUCAUCCUCACCUUCAGCUCCAUCAACGACACGCUUAAGGGGCUCGAACACACGGUGCAGAAACACGGCAGUGUCAUCACAGACUUGGGAAACACAAAGGACAAGAUCAUCUCUGAACUGGACAAAAUCCAGCAGGAGGUGACGGAGCACAUGGAGGAGAGCCGCGACCGCCUGGACAGAAUGGACCAGGACGUCCGGCGGUACGAGAGCACGCUCCUGGUGGAGAUGGGAGACUGUAAGAGGUCUGGAGAUGGUCUGGAGAAGAGACUGUCCAAGCUGGAGGGAGUCUGUGGAAGGCUGGACGGGGUCUCUGACUCCAUCCUCAAGAUCAAAGAAGGAUUGAACCAACACGUAUCCAGUUUGUGGACUUGUGUCUCUGGUCUGAAUGAGUCGGUCGUCCAUCAUGGAGGAAUCAUGGACUUCAUUCAGAAGAGUCAGGAUGAUGUCUACAGCAGGAUGAAGAACCUGAACUCGAGCCUGAACCAGGUCCUCAAAGACCUGCAGGGUUCCUCUGAGCGGGAUCUGAUCGGUCUGCCUGGACCCCCAGGACCCCAGGGAGAGAGAGGCUUUAACGGGCUGCGAGGGCCUGGUGGACCUCCUGGACCUCCUGGACGCCGAGGGGAAAGUGGAGUACGAGGUCUGCCCGGUCCUAAAGGUGAAACAGGUGUUCCUGGUGCUGAUGCUCAUGUACCCAGACUGUCCUUCUCUGCUGCUCUCACUGUUCCCAUGGAGAGAGCUGGAACCAUCGUCUUUGACAAGGCCUUUGUCAACGAAGGGGAAUUCUAUGAUCCGAGAACAGGUAUUUUCACUGCCCCCGUCGAUGGACAUUACUUCUUCAGUGCCAUUCUGACCGGCCAUAGGAACGAGAAGAUCGAGGCGGUGCUGUCGAAGUCGAACUACGGCAUGGCCCGGGUGGACUCUGGAGGCUACCAACCCGAAGGCCUGGAGAACAACCCGGUGGCAGAGGCUAAAGCCACUCCAGGAUCUCUGGCCGUCUUUAACAUCAUCCUGCCGCUGCAGACUCGGGACACGGUGUGCAUCGACCUGGUGAUGGGGAAACUGGCCCACUCUGUGGAGCCACUCACCAUCUUCAACGGCAUGCUGCUGUAUGAAGACAUGUGACGGGUUCGUGAAACAACACGGUUAAGAUUCACGACAAACCGACAGGAGGCUGCCCUGUAAAGUAUGAUGUCACUUCCUGGCUCCAGAGUGACCCUAAACUGAUGACAGGAUGUUUGAUGUGAACCUUCAGCCCUGAUUCCAUAUUCUAACAGAUCAUGUGGUUUUAUUUUAUUAUUCUCAAGAUGUCACAUGUGUGAUGUGGUCAGAUGAAGAACUCUAAGGACGGAUGUCCCUGUGAAAAGGAUCACUCCUAAAGAUGUUCAGAUCUGUGAGUCAGCCGAUCAGACGUUGUGUGACUUUAAAUAGGAAAAGAAAUAGCUUUCUAAAAGCAGAAUAUGUUUUCUGUUUGAUUUUAUGACUCAGAUGAGUUCACACUGUGAACCUUUUACAUUAAGCUGCAGCUUUUCUUCUUUAUUGGUGUUGUUUAAGUAUAUAAGCCAUUUACACAUAAUUUUCACAUUUUGACGGACAAAACUUUAAAAGACAAGACUGGACAAACAUUUUCUAACUGUCAACAAAUGUCAGAUAAAUAUCCACAUCCUUUACUUUAGCACAAUGUAAACAGCACGUUGUUCUUUUAAUGUAAGGAAAAAUAUUACGUUUUAUCAACAAAAUGUAAUAAAUAAUGAUAUUCAAUGUGAAAGAUCUGUGGCACAUGAAAGAAGAUAUAUCAAGUUUUGUUAGGAGAUGCAUUCACUGCUGGUUCGAGUCUGAACAUAAAUUUAAAAAAAAAUCAGUAUCACAAGAGUUAUAGUUUUAACUAUAAUAUGUAUAUAUAUAUUUUUUAUUUUUUUUUAAAGCAGCUGAGAAUGAAGGACACACAGAUGUUUCAUCUGUUAUUAUAAGACAACUGCCUGAGAUAAGAAUCAGUCAACAUGAUGUCUGAUAUUUAUAAAACAUGUUCAGUGACUCUGAUGUCAACAGUUUAUUCUCCGACAGUCUUUUGCUACAGUUUUCAUGUAAACCAGUUUUUACACUUCACAUAUUUGUAAUGAUAAAUAAUUUUCACUGUCAUUAAAGUAAACACGAGUCAAACUCAGGAUGUUCAAU